UCAAACGUGUUCACUAUUACUCUGACUCUGGUAACGUGACUUCCUGGUAACGUGUUAGGUAGGAAAAGCAGUAAAAAAGUGCAUAUUAAGGGAGCAGAUUUGAAAUAAUAUUUAUACUUAACAAGAAAUAAUUAAAGGUUCAAUGGGGAGACCUAAAGAUUUACGCAUAUGGGAGCACUACCGUACUUUACCAAACAAGUCUGUUUCUUGCAAGCUUUGUAAUAAGGUCUACAAAUUCAGUAAUGCUGCCAAAAUGCUUCAACAUCUUAUCACUUGUCCAAAAUCUCCAGAAACAUUAAAAGACUCUAUGAAACUUAUAAAAGAUAGCUCGUCCAAAACCAAAAUGUCUGGACUGUCAGAGAUAGAGACAAAUGAUUCUUUUAUAAGCCCCUCGUCGUCUGCUAACACUACAAUAAAUGCUGAGUUUCAAGACACCGAUGAUCAUAUAAAAACAGAAUUAGCGAGAGCUAUAUUUGUAACAGGGACGCCAUUAUCGAUGGUGCAACAUCCUUUAUGGAUACAAUUUUUCGAAAAAUUGCAACCAAAAUUUAAAAUACCUUCACGUAAAGCUUUAGCGACAAAAUACUUAGAUAAAAUAUAUAGAGAAAUGCGUUUUGAGUUAAAUGAGGAACUAAAUGCUUGUAGUUACUUACACCUUCAGUGCGAUGGCUGGUCUAAUUUAAGAAAUGAAGGAAUAAUAAACUUUCUUAUAUCAAAACCUCAACCUGCAUACGUUAAAAGUUUGAAUACAGAAAGUAAUCCUCACACUAGUGAAUACCUUAGCCAAGAAGUUGAAAAAGUAAUGAAAGUGUAUGGAGCAAAUAAGUUUCUUGUACUUAUUGGCGAUAACGCUAGAAAUAUACAAAAGGCAUUCGAAUUAACAAAACUCAAAUAUCCACAUGUUGUUCCUCUCGGUUGCUGUGCACAUAUCCUUAACUUGUUGUGCCAAGAUAUUGUAAAGAUACAAGAAGUAACUGUGUUUAUUAUGCAAGCCAUAAAUAUAAUAAAAACUGUUAAAAGGAGUCAACGAUUAAGUUCCUUGUUGAUAAAAUCAAGGCAGGGUGAAGAUUCUACACAAACACUAAAAUUGCCUUGUGCUACAAGAUGGGGAAGUCAUGUUACUUCGUUAAAAAGUUUGAAAGCAAAUAAGAUAGCUUUGCAAAUAUUAACAGUUAGAGAAGAUGUGGUAAUUUCAAGAGAUAUUAAAGAUUUAAUUCUAAGUGAUGAUUUCUGGACGAAGACAGGGGAAUGUAUAAGUAUUUUGGAACCAGUCACUGAAAGCAUAUUUUACUUAGAGAGCGACCAGAAUCGUUUGCAUCGCACAUACAUUACAUUUAGAGAUGUACAAGCUAAGAUACGUUUUGCAUUAAAUGAGAUUUCGACAUUGAGCGAAGAAAGCAAACAGCAGAUUCUAACAUCAGUAUCUUCAAGAUGCAAUAUGGCAAUGAGGCCAAUACAUUUUGCAGCAUAUAUUCUAGACCCCAGGACUCUAGGAGUCGAACUUACUCAAGAGGAAGAACUUAAGGGUAUGGAGUUUAUCUACAAUUUAAGCCAACACUUAAGUUUGUCAAAUGUAAUGGCAGAUUUGGCGUGUUAUAAAGCUAAAGAAAACUUUUGGGCCAGAGGAUUUGUAUGGAGCUCAUUAGAUAGCAUUGAGCCCCUAAUAUGGUGGAAAGGUAUUUGUGGUUCCACUGAGUUAAGCAAAGUAGCGAUUCGUAUUCUAUCAGCUCCCUGUACUUCGGCAGCCACUGAGCGUUCCUUUAGUAUCCAAGGCUACAUACAUAAUAACAAAAGAAAUCGACUUACAACUGAAAGAACUGAAAAAAUUUCAUUCAUUUGUUAUAACUGGAAUCUUAAACAUAAAGCUGAAUGCGAGGACAUUCAGUUUAAUGAAGAAAAUACCUUAGAAGCUUUCAUUGAGCAAGUAAAUGAACAUAACAGUUUAGACGAAAUAGAGCCUAUCGAACCUAUACAAUUCAUCGCUUGUAAUAACUCUGAAUCUGACAGUGAUUGACUGUAGUUUUACAUUUUACUUUCAUCUCUUUCUUAAUAAACUCAAAAUCAAAUUAAAAGUUUUUUAUUCUGUAGGCUGCAUAAUAAUAUUGUCUAUGUCCAGUAUAGUGGACGUCUUGCGGCUGAGAUGACGAUGAUGAAGUACAAAAUCAUAAACACCCAAAAAUUUGGGUGUUUAUGGGGUUUAAACCCAAUAAACCCAAAACACCCGGUUUUUACCCACCAGACUUUAAACCCACCCAGGUGGAUUGCCCAUCUCUACU